CCGCUGCGGAGGGACCCAGAGCGGCCAUGAUGUUCACCGAGCACCGGUCCAGCAACGACCCGAGCUCCGCCACCGCCGCCUCCGCCACGGUCCGCAGGACAGCGGACAGCCGGGCCUCCAGAGCCUCCGGGCCGGACAUGACGGUGAGGAUACGGACGUCGGAGCCAGGGCUCUGGUUCCAACACAUACCCGCCACCGUCAUGUUGACAUGUGACCUCUGCCAGCUGUUUAAUCAUGUGACCUCUGACCUCCAAACCCCCAGGGGUCUGAGUCAAAUGAUCGCAAAGGAGGUGUUUUAGAUGGCUCAUGUGUCCUGAACUCCUCCCCCGUCCCGGUCCUGGAUCUCCUCCCUCUGCUCGUCUGCUCUGACACCCAGACCUCAGGACUCACGUGGACUCGUCUGUCCUCGGCCUCCACACGUCCCACUCGUCUCACGCUUCCUCCGAUCCGGACCCGACUCGUCCGUCUGCGUCUGUCCGUCCAGGAUGAGGCGGAGCCGGGUGCUGCCGCCGCUGCUGUCCGUCCUGCUGGUGGGGGUCCGGCUGUCGCUCCAGGACCCGUCCCAGGUCCCUGUGUCCCAGCUGAGGACGCUGUCCCUGGGCCUGGCUCACCUGCUGCAGGGCGUGGAUGAGAACGCCAGGCGGCUGGAGCGGCAGGGGCAGCGGGCGGCGAUGGAGCUGGAGGGGGUGGCAACGGGGCUGGAGAACCUCCGCAAACAGAACGUACAGAGAGGACGGACCCACAGACAGGUGAGGAAGGAGCUGCAGGUCCACGUGGCCCAGGGAGACUGGCUCUGGAGGACCGUCAGAGACCUGCAGAGGCUCCUGCAGGAUCUGGAGACGGAGCAGGACGCCAUGCAGACCCGCCUGGACCGGAUCCUCCAGGAGGUGACGAGUCUGACCCAGAACGGAUCCACAGGUCGGAUCGACCACGGCGCCGUGAAGUUAAUUAUGGAUAAACAGGCGCGACGCCUGGCCUCUCUCACCUCAGAGGUUUCAGCCCGAGACCGACUGAUCAACAGACGCCGGCAGCUGAUUGAACACCUGGAGAAGCAGGUGUGUGACGUCCACCCGGUGGUGUUCAGGUCAGACGCCUCCAACUGACGAACAGCUGCAUCAACACGACGACACAACGCACGCCACAAGACACAGCCGCAAUGCAGUUGGGAUGUUCAACACGAAUAAAAGACACAACUGA